CGCCGCGGGACCCGCCCCCGCCGCGCAACGGCCGUUUCUUGCGAGCGGCGGCCGCCUCCUCAGAGCUGCGGGUAGGCCCUGGAGCGUGCAGGGUCGCUCGGCGCUCGAGCUCUUCUUCUUCGGCAGCCUGGCCGGGCGGCCAUGGCGGCGCGGCGACGGAGGCCCGCGGCUGGCGCGGGGGCCCGGGACACGCUGACGUUGCUGGCGCUGGCCUUGUGCGCCCCCGGGGUGGGCGGCGGGGCGCUCGAGUGGUACUCGGCCGUGGUGGGCAUCGAGUACGUGGACCCGCUGUCGAACCAGACGGUGUGGAGCGUGUCCGAGAGCGGCCGCUUCGGCGACAGCUCGCCCAGGGAGGACAAGCAGGGCCUGGUGGGCGUCCCGCGCGCCGACGGGGACGAGGAGGGCUGCUCGCCCGACACGCGCUUCGUCGCGCCCGGCCGCCUGGGCGGCGCGCCCUGGGUCGCGCUGGUGGCCCGUGGCCGCUGCACCUUCAAGGACAAGGUGCUCGCGGCGGCGCGGAGGAACGCCUCGGCAGUGGUGGUCUACAACCUGGAGCACUACGGGAACGCCACCGAGCCCAUGUCGCACGCGGGAACGGGAAAUACAGUUGUCAUUAUGAUUAGCUACCCAAAAGGACGAGAAAUUUUUGAUAUGGUACAAAAAGGAAUUCCAGUAAAAAUGACCAUAGGGAUUGGUACUCGUCAUAUGCAAGAAUUCAUCAGUGGUCAAUCUGUGGUGUUUGUGGCCAUUGCCUUCAUCACGAUGAUGAUUAUCUCAUUAGCAUGGCUAAUAUUCUAUUACAUACAGCGUUUCCUAUAUGCUGGCUCACAGUUUGGAAGUCAGAAUCAUAGAAAGGAAACUAAGAAAGUUAUUGGCCAGCUUCCACUACACACUGUAAAGCAUGGAGAGAAGGGAAUUGAUGUUGAUGCCGAGAAUUGUGCAGUGUGUAUUGAAAACUUUAAAGUAAAGGAUGUUAUCAGAAUCCUGCCAUGCAAGCAUAUUUUUCAUAGAAUAUGCAUUGACCCAUGGCUUUUGGAUCACCGAACGUGUCCAAUGUGUAAACUUGAUGUCAUCAAAGCCCUGGGAUACUGGGGGGACCCUGAGGAUACACAGGAGCCCAUUCCAGAAGCUGCCCCAGGAAGUGUUUCUGUUGGGAAUCUCAGUGUGACAUCCCAAGAUGAGGACAGGAGUGGAGAAAGCAACCUUCCGUCAUCUUCCUCGAGUGACUCUGGGCCACACCGCCCCAGUUUUAAAGAAGAUGCAGGGGAAGACACAGCAUUACUAGGAGCCGGCAGGAAUGACCCUCAACAUGGAGGAUCCAUCUGCUAGCACACAUCCUCACUGACAGCCUCACCGACAGAGCCUUGGCUUGAACUACAGGACAUUUAAUUUUUUACUCUAGGGCAUAGUUUGUAUACUUGAAAACAGUGGAUAUUAUUUUACUUUACCUUUCAGAUUCAGAUUUGAUAUACAAAGGGCUGAGAUAUUUUAUUCCUAAAAGGACUUUUAAUUAGCCUUGAUCUAUUUAUCUACUGAAGUAUGAUGUAUAUUAUAAAUUUUGUUGUGUCAGACUGUCACAGAUGGGGGGCGGUGAUUCUGAGUACUAGACUAGCUUCUGUGGUACUGUAAACCAAGAUUCUGUUUCUCGGGCUUUUAGACAAAGCUCACUAAGUUAAAGUAGAAUUGUGUAAUAUAAUUCAGUAAUUGAUCAAAUGACUUUUCCCUGAAGCAGAGACUCUUUAGAACUUGUAAAAUGAGAAAUCUUGCCGUAGGCAGUGUGUACAGUUGUAAACCCAGCACUCCGGAGGCUGAGGCAAGAGGAUUUUGAGUUCAAGCCAAAAAGAAGGAACUGAGGGAAGAGAGAAAUCAACUGUCUUGCACUAUAUUGUCCAUAGAGACUUCAAAACCAAGCAUACCUUUUUAUUGUUUGGAAUUGUGGAAAAAAAAAACACUAGUUGAUUUUAUGGUUUGCAUUUUUACCUUUAUUGCCUAAUAUUUUUUGACACUUGGAAGGAGAAGGACAUUUAUCCAUGUUUUUUCUACCAAAAAAAUUGGCAGGAAUGCCAUAUUGCACAUUAAAAGUAUUAAAAUAUUGAUUCAUUGAGAAAUUUAA